CAGCCGUCCUGCUUUGUAACAGUCUGGGAAUCAUCUGCUCGUCGCAGUGAGUCUACACUCUCCCUCUGUCUCUCUGUCUCUCUCUCAAUUAUAAAACCAAACCGCAACAGGUUCAGAACGACAUCAGUGUUCCAGGUUGGGAAUUAAAGAAUAACGUCGUUAAAGAGGGAUUUGUCCUAAACUAGGAAAAGGAUGAAACGAGCAGCCUCUUGAAGCUGCCGCUACCCUUCUUUGCAUUGAACGGAAAUGGCUUCCUGGAUUCCCCUAAGCAGCUGAUUGGUCAGCCCCAUUGAUGAUUGGAGCUGACUCCGCCCUCUCGUCAGAUACAGCUGUCUGCAAUUACUGGCUCCUUCUGCAGCUUUAAUAGCCAUAGUUCCUUUGUUAGGAAGAGAGAGCUUCUUGGGGGGAAGGGCAAGGCACCUUUGGAGUGCUUUGGCAAGAGGCCUGCGGGAAUACAUAUACCUGUAGUAUAUACUCUGUCUAUACACCCUAGAUGUCUGUGAGUUAGCCAGCUGAAUAGAGGUGCUCCCUGUAGCCGUUAGUGCUCCCGCUAUGAACGCAACAGCUCUUGGCUGAUGAUGUAGGACGGACGGAAGAAAUCCUGUGAUAUCCUUCAUCGAAGCCCCCUCCCCAGGAAGCACAGGAUAGAGGAUGAAGGAGCAGGAAUCUCUGGAAGCAGAUGCAGUCAGCAUGUGGAACAUCAGUCCAGAGGAGAGGCUGAAACAUGAUAAACAGUUUAACUCUCUAACACCUGUCCUGGGAUACAUAUCGGGUGAACAGGCGAGUCAGUUCUUCCUCCAGUCUGGCCUUCCUCCUCCAGUCCUGGCUGAGAUCUGGUCCCUAGCUGAUAUGGGUAGUGAUGGGAGAAUGGACCAACUAGAGUUCUCUAUCGCCAUGAAGCUGAUUAAACUGAGGCUGCAAGGGCGGGGCCUUCCCCCCUCUCUACCAAUCAGCAUGAAGCAGCCACCCACUGCCACGCCCACCUCCAUUAUGAAGUCAUCAGCAUGCUUCGGUAUGGGCUCGAUGCCAAAUUUGUUUGUCGGCAUGCCCGUCCUGACCCCGAUGCCCCUUAACCCCACCCUGACCUCAGUGCCCUCCCUGGUUCCCAUGACGAUGCCCCUGGCCAAUGGCAACUCCAGCAUCCUCAACCCAUCUCCAUUUAGCACCACUCCAGCACUCCCUCUGUCCUGCUUCUCCUCUCCAAUGGCAUUCUCUCCAUCCGCUGGGAUCUCCAAGGCUAACUCCCUAUUGGAUCUGUCCUCUAGCAGUUCUAACUCCUCCUCCACCACCUCCCUGGCCAGUAACUCUCCCAAGACGUGCUCUUGUGAUUGGUCUGUUCCCCAGUCCACCAGGCUGAAGUACAGACAACAGUUUAACAGUCUGGACAAGCUGAUGAGUGGAUACCUCUCUGGCCCUCAGGUGAGGAACGCCCUGACUGCCUCCAACCUGACCCAGACACAGCUAGCUACCAUCUGGACCCUGGCUGACGUGGAUAAGGACGGUCAGCUGAGAGCUGAGGAGUUUAUUCUGGCCAUGCACCUGGUAGACAUGGUUAAGACAGGACGUCCACUACCCCUCACCUUGCCCUCAGACCUGGUACCCCCCUAUCUUAGAAAUAGCAGGCCAGUAGAGAUGCUGAAUGGAUCUGGGCCCUACCUCUCCACUGGCCUGAUAGACGGGACAUCAGAGCUUGAACCUGCACACAAGAACAAAUACAACGUAUCGUAUGAAGACCGUCUGAAGGAAAACUUUGCGCGAGGCAGCGCUGAGCUGGAGAAACGUCGUCUGGCUCUAGAAGAUAAACAGAGGAGGGAGGUGGAGAUGAGAGAGAGGGAGGCCAGUGAGGUGCAGGGGAUGAGGGAGGUGUGGGAGCAGGAGAACAAGAGACAUCUGGAAGAGGAGAGACGGAGAAACAUGGAGAGACAACAAGAGGAGGAGAGACAGAGAGAGAGUGAGAGAAAGGCAGCGCAGCAGGAGCUGGAGCGCCAGCGGAGAGAGGACUGGGAGCGAGUGCGGAAGGAAGAGUUGUGGAGGACGAGAGAAAGAGAGCGGGAGGAUAUCACUGUGCUCCGAGCCAAGAAGAAGAGUUUGGAGAUGGAGCUGGAGGCUGUGGGCAGCAGACACAAGCAGUUAUCAGAUGGUCUCCGUGACGCCCAGAGUAAGAGGCGGAUCCAAAGAGCAGAGAUUGAUCUCAUCAAUCAGAGGAGAGAUGGGCGUGCCUCCAAGAUCAACGCUCUGCAGGCACAGUUUGAGGACUACCAGAGGAAACUGGUUCAGUUGGUUCCACAGCAACAGAGACUGACAGAGAGACUCAAGAACAUGGGCUGCAACAACAUCCCUGCCGUGGCAAUGACCUCUGUAGGUGGCAGCGUUGCGGAGAAGGGCGUGGUCUGUCGGAGGCUGAAGGACCAAUUAGGCGCUCUGGAGAGAGAGACAACCGACAAGCUGGCCAUGAUGGACCACUACCAGCAAGACCUCAAGUCAGUCGAUAUGGAUGACUGUGUUCUACAGUCUCUUCUCUCCCUGCUGGGCUGUCUCAGUCAACUCUUCCUCCUCAUCAAGGACCUGAGGGAGCGGCAGGGGAAGCAGCAGGCUGUUGUAGAGGACCUCUGCCGGGUCAAGGAGCUGAAACUGAGAGAGAUGGAGAGAGGGAGAGAGGAGGAAAGAGAGAGGAAGAGGAGGGGGGAUGAAGAGACUGCCAGACAAGCCAAGCUGGAGGGAGAGAGGAGAGAGGAGGAGGAGGAGGAGGGGAGGAGGAGGCGAGUUGAGCCGCAGGAGAGAGGAGGUGGCCAGCAUCCGGUGCUGAAUGCAAAGAGGUUAUUACCCCUGACCUCCUGCAGAGCCCUGUACCCCUUCACCGCACGCAACGCUGACGAGCUCAGCCUGGACGCUGACUGUUUCAUAGAGGUAGAUGAUGAGAUGGUGGGGGAGCCUGGUUGGCUGUGUGGUAGUUACCGUGGGAACAGGGGCUGGUUCCCCCAGAGCUAUGCUGAGAGAUGCACCAACCCCCUUGCCCUAUUACCCCCUUCCUGUCCAACACUACCACCCAGCCCGGGACUUCCUGACGGAGAGAUUACAGGGGCAGGAUGGAACCCCGCUCCCAGCGUCACCUCCGUCAAAGACUCCUCCCAGGAAAACAACACACACACUGAACCUAUGUACACCGCUGUUGAAGAGUUGGAGAGCCCAGAUCCCAGCCAGCUAGAAGAGUUCGUGGCCCUGUACACCUAUGAGAGCCCGGAGGCGGGCGACCUGACGUUCUCUGAGGGGGACGUAGUCAUGGUAACAGAGCAGGAGGGGGAGUGGUGGAGGGGGUGCAUUGGAAACCGGACCGGAGUGUUCCCUUCCAGCUACAUCAAACCCGUGGAACCAGAGAUCACUAGGCCUGGAGCUGCUUCCAAGAAACCUGAGAUCGCCCAGGCUGUCAUGGCCGCAGUCGCCCUGACUACAGAGCAGCUAAGUCUGUCACCGGGGCAACUGAUCGUGGUCCAUGCCAAGAACUCCUCCGGCUGGUGGCUUGGGGAAUUGCAGGUUCGAGGGAAGAGGCAACAAACAGGCUGGUUCCGCUCCUCUCAUGUUAAACUGCUCCCUCCCACCAGCAGCAAGACUACCCCUGCACCUGUCCCAGGUCAUCGCCAGGUACAACUACACAGCAGCCAAUCAGGACUUGAUGAGCUUCUCCAAAGGUCAGCUGAUCAACGUUCUGGACAAUGACAACCCUGAUUGGUGGAUUGGAGAGGUCAACGGGGUCACGGGGCUGUUGCCAACCAAUUAUGUCACCAUGACCACUGAGUCCGACCCCAUGCAGUAAUGACAGUAACGCUGGCACCUUGUCCUCUCCCUCCUAUUAAUCUACUUCUUCUCUGAGCCAAUCCUGGAAACCCGACUUCCUCAUCUGCCAGCGAGACCCUCCUCCUCUUCUUCCUCCUCCUCUUCCUCCACUCUCUGCUUCGAUCUCCUUUAGGAUGCUUUCUGAUCGUCUAUCUUCACUCUUUAUUUCUCUCUCCUCUAUCAUAACAAGUUCUCUCUCUCCUCUAUCAUAACCUGUUCUCUCUCCUCUAUCAUAACUUGUUCUCUCUCCUCUAUCAUAAUGUGUUCUC